AAGAUCUUUUAUUUACUAUUUUUUGACAGGAGGGGAUUAGACGGUCGUGCCCCAUUUCACAGUUUUCUGGCUUUAAUACGAUGGUGGCGUUUUAGCCGCAGGGGUAGUUUGAUAGGUUGCGUUUAUAAAACCACGCGAAGGGUUAUCGCUGUGCGGUUUAAAAAGUGUUUGGCGAUGCGGGCGGAGGAUGAGCUAACGUUACACACCCGAAGGUCCAGCAGCGCGAUACCUGGUUAGCGCAGGCUAGGUAGCUAAACUGGGAUUCGGCAGGUCGCGUAUGGGAUGGAACAUAUUUGUGGCGACGUUCCAGAUUCUCCUUUUGCAAACGGGUAUGUUAGCUUUAUUCCUCCAGCAUGGAUGUCACCUGCUGUUAUUAAUUUACUGUGAUUUUGUCAAUGCUAGUUUCAGCUAACAUUACCGACCAGUAUUUAAUAAAACUGUGGUCUGCGAUUAACUAAACAAAGAUGUCGCCAGUCUGUGAUAGGUAGACAUUUAUUUAGACAAUAGUUGUUUUGGACAGAGGAUCCGUUGAUUUGGAUAUAAGAUUUGUUUAACCACGUGUUGAUUAAUCUUGUGUUGUUUUAGCCGAUUUUCCCUGGUUGAGGAUGCCGAUAGGGUGAACUGAUGGAAUGCCUGUUAAAUGGAUCAUAAACACGUCCAUGUUCAGCCUGAGCAGGGGCAGACACCUGCGGCACCAGCAAGGGCAGUGCCAGGCAUUGCAGUGCUGUUCCAGAUUGAACGUACCACGGAUUCUGAACCAUGACAUCCACGGCCUCCGCUGGUGGCGUAUCGGAGGCACACAAGUCAGGGUGCACAGGACAUGGGUCUUCAGGCCCUGUCGGCUGCACUACAGUCUGGGCGCAGGUGCCCACAUCUCCCCCCUGAGCACCUCAGCAUCCCUCAGCUGUGCUGACCGCAGCCCAGGUAUGUGGCGUCUUAAAAGGACAUUGGACUCUGUUUCCAGGGCUAUCAGCAGCACCCACACCGACUUGCUCUCCCGGAUAUCGCACCUGAAAUCUGGCCCCAGGGAAGGGGGUGGAAUCAGAUCAUCAACAUCAGAAGCUAAAGGUCAGGGCACUGGAGUACACACUGUCUCUGAGAAGGCUGAGGGACUCCAGGAUGGGAAAGACCCAAAGGAUAGCCCCACCCAAGGCACUGGGAGACCAGGGAUGGAAGUGGUAGACUCCAGUCAGGGCAUACCUGCUCCCAGCCAGACACCCUGGCUGUUCCACCCUAGCAAGCUCCCUGUAAACUUAGGUGAGACCUACAAUUACUUGGCGCACCAUGUCAACGAGUACUUUGGGAAUGUCACAAAACCAGGGACUACGGAGCCUGGCUGCAAGGACCCCAAAGCGUCCUCUGCUGGCCCGGGCAGAUCUGACCAAAGUGGGGUGGACACCGUUUCCAGCCUGAUGUCCUCCGGGGCUGGGUCUGCUAAAGACGCCACGUCUCCCCCCGCCUCUCCUCCAUCUCCGAAGAAGGGCAUUGGGCACUAUCUGUCAUACCCUGGGCCCAGUGUUCAGGCCUUCGUGGGCAGCUAUAUCACCCCCCUCGUGCCGAAAUUUCGUCCCGGCUCCAAAGCUGUGGAGGCAGUGAAGGACGGGCUGCCCCCAGUGGAGGAGUCACUUCCGAAGCAGGCAGACUCAGCGGAAGCCAGAGAGAGGAAGGCGGCUGAGGACAGAGCUAAGCGCCUACUGCUGCAGAGGGAGAAGGUGGGUGAGGACAGAGCUAAGCGCCUACUGCUGCAGAGGGAGAAGGUGGGUGAGGACAGAGCUAAGCGCCUACUGCUGCAGAGGGAGAAGGUGGGUGAGGACAGAGCUAAGCGCCUACUGCUGCAGAGGGAGAAGGUGGGUGAGGACAGAGCUAAGCGCCUUCUGCUGCAGAGGGAGAAGGUGGGUGAGGACAGAGCUAAGCGCCUUCUGCUGCAGAGGGAGAAGGUGGGUGAGGACAGAGCUAAGCGCCUACUGCUGCAGAGGGAGAAGGUGGGUGAGGACAGAGCUAAGCGCCUUCUGCUGCAGAGGGAGAAGGUGGGUGAGGACAGAGCUAAGCGCCUUCUGCUGCAGAGGGAGAAGGUGGGUGAGGACAGAGCUAAGCGCCUACUGCUGCAGAGGGAGAAGGUGGGUGAGGACAGAGCUAAGCGCCUUCUGCUGCAGAGGGAGAAGAUCAUCGCCAGGGUGAGUGUGGACAACAGGACAAGGGCCCUGGUUCAGGCACUGCAGAGGGCGUCCGACCUCCGGCUCUGCAUCAGCCGGGCGGAGGACCUGAGCUACCACCUCCUGGAGUUUCCUGAGACUAGGGGUGUGGCUGUCAAGGAGCAGCUGGUCCCAUGUCUCCUGCGUCUUCGCCAGGCCGGGAGCCCAGCUCUGCAGGCUGCUGUGCGGGAGACGCUGGCCCUUGUGGGCUAUGCUGACCCCAUGAAGGGCUGGGGCGUCCGACUGCUCUCCAUCGACGGAGGGGGGACCAGGGGAGUGGUGGCCCUUCGGACCUUGCGCAAACUGGAGGAGCUGACUGGGAAGCCCACCUACCAGCUCUUUGACUACAUCUGUGGAGUGAGCACAGGGGCUAUCCUGGCCUUCAUGCUGGGUAUGUACCAGAUGUCCCUGGACGAGUGUGAGGAGCUGUACCGCAGGCUGGGCUCUGAGGUGUUCAAGCAGAACGUCAUCGUGGGCACGGUGAAGAUGGGCUGGAGCCACGCUUUCUACGACAGCCAGAUCUGGGAGACCAUCCUCAAGGAGCAGAUGGGGUCGGACCUUAUGGUGGAAACAUCCAGAAACCCUGAGUGUCCCAAGGUGGCUGCAGUGAGCACAAUUGUGAACAGGGGAACUCCAUUGAGGGCAUUCGUCUUCAGGAACUACAACCUGCCCCCUGGUGUGCGUUCCCACUACCUGGGGGGCUGUCAGCACAAGCUGUGGCAGGCCAUCAGGGCCUCCUCUGCUGCUCCAGGCUACUUCCAGGAGUUCAUGCUGGGGGAUGACCUUCACCAGGAUGGUGGCCUCCUGGUCAACAACCCCACAGCAGUGGCUCUCCACGAGAGUCAGUGUCUGUGGCCCGGCGCCCGGCUGCAGUGCGUGGUGUCACUGGGCACCGGCCGGCUGGAGAGCUCGGCUCGCUACAACACCACCUACACCAGCCUGAAGACCAAGCUGAGCCACGUCAUUAGCAGUGCCACAGACACUGAAGAGGUUCACACCAUGCUGGAUGCCCUCCUCCCCCCCAACACCUACUUCCGCUUCAACCCCUACCUGAGUGAGGACAUCCCCCUGGAUGAGCGGCGGAGGGAGCGUCUGGCGCUGCUGCAGCUUGAGGGCCAGUGUUACCUGGAGCGCAAUGAGCACAAACUGCGCAGGGCGGCCAGUGUGCUGCUGGGGGAAAAGAGCGCCCUCCAGAGGCUUGGCGAGAGGGCUGCGCUCAGGGGAACCAUGCUUCGUGGCAUGAAACGUGUCCCCUUCUUCUCAAGGUCCUGGACCUCAUGAAGCUGGGUUCACGUCAGACCUCAGUACUUUAUAAUGCUCUCUUUCAAAGGGAGGACCAUUUGUUGUAAUUGCAAAGCAUAAAGAACAACAUUCUGCCCUCCUCCAUGGCCAGUGAGAUGUUAAUGGGUCGUCAGCCUGUGUCCUUCUGGUCAUCAGGGGCAGGUCAACAAACAGCGCUCAGAAAUCUGACGAGCAAAACAAAAGUGUCAUGGUUAGAAGUGGGAAAUCCAGUGCCCCCCCUUACCCUCUGCUCCAGUGCCCCCCUUUAUCCUCUGCUCCAGUGCCCCCCUUUAUCCUCUGCUCCAGUGCCCCCCUUACCCUCUGCUCCAGAGCCCCCCCUUACCCUCUGCUCCAGUGCCCCCCUUACCCUCUGCUCCAGUGCCCCCCUUACCCUCUGCUCCAGUGACCUCCCCCUACCCUCUGCUCCAGUGACCUCCCCCUACCCUCUGCUCCAGUGCCCCUUCUUACCCUCUGCUCCAGUGCCCCCCUUACCCUCUGCUCCAGUGACCUCCCCCUACCCUCUGCUCCAGUGCCCCCCCUUACCCUCUGCUCCAGUGACCUCCCCCUACCCUCUGCUCCAGUGCCCCCUCUUUACCCUCUGCUCCAGUGCCCCCCCCCCUUUACCCUCAGCUCCAGUGGCCCCCCCCCCAUAUCCAGCGUGACAGGGAUUCCUUCUCUGUGUCCUGGGCAAGAUGAGGCAACGUCCUUCCAGGGGUCAUACCUGAAAUUCCGGAAAUACUGCCUCACCUGCGCAGGUCAUACUGUAUGGCUUUUGUCUAUUCAUAUGUCCAUCGAUCCAUUUUCUGUACUGCAUAUCCAGUGCAGGGUCAAGGUGACCCUGGAGCCUAUCCCACGAUGCACUGGGCACCAGGUGGGGGACACCCUGCACGGGCCGCCGGAUAAGGUGACUGGAUAUGAAACGUUUGACUGCAGGGUUUACUGGAGGCGUGUUUGGCUCCUCAUUAUCCUUAAUGCUGGUUAUUUAUCCCAUUACUGUUGGGGUUGGUUGGUUUCUGCUCCAGUGUUUUUAAAAUGUUUGUCACAUUUAUACAAAAAAAGCUACAUUUUCUUUUGCCGUUUUACCUCAUCAACCUCAUUUUUACUUUCUGUUUCUCUUUGAAUGUACAAACUAUGGCCAGUAUUGCAGGUGUAUGAGGUAGCACUGUUAGUUUGACACAAGGUUUCAUUGCUACUCGAAGAAGAGUUACUGGUCUGCUGGCUUUUGCUGGAUUUCCAUUUAUAAAGACUGCAGACACUUUUUUAUAGAAAAUAAUGCACAGUUUAAUCUGAUAGGACAUCUGUAUGGUUUACUCAAAUUUUAAUAAUACAUCUGUGGGAGAUUUAAACUCAUGGGGUUACUAAUCUCUCCCCUAAGCUGUUAUCCUACAAAAUUCAGGCAGCCAGAGAAUAAAAGCCGACACAAUCCCAAAUGGUCUCCUUGUUACUGAAUAAUAUAAACUGCACCUCCGCUAAGUGUUCUGUAUCACAAUUAUAAUGCACGGUUUAUUUCCCAGUUGAGUUUUGCUUUUGUUAUUAGUUUGGAUGGAAGAAUCUUGGAUUAUUGCUAGUUAUUUGUAUGAGAUAAAUUCAUUACUUUUUAAGAGCUUGAGAAUCAGGCCGUGCGUUCUAAUUCAGCCGUGGGCUCUCUGAUGUGAGCUACAGCUAAAUGUAAUGAUGUCUGUGCUGAUGAGAUUGCUUGGCUGCCUGCUGCCGUCUGUGGAUGAAUAACGAUUCAGAUCAGAGUAAAUGUAGGGGCCGUCACAUUGGCAAACUGGAAAUACACACACAUCUACCUGUUGAUGUCAGAGUGCUGUGGACAAAAAACAAAUGGAUUGUUUUAGAACCACUGAGUUGCUAUUGGUGAGAAUCUUUGUUUUUCUGCUGAAGUCACGUGACAGGCCAUGGAUUCUUCUCUGCUAGCAUGAUUUUAGGCACAAACUGGCCCCACCCCUCUGAGCGGCAGGAAGAAAAACACAAGCCCCCCACGUGCAAACAUCGCUUUCAGGGAGACAUAAUUCCGGGCCUCCAGAUAGCCUCCGGAGAAUUCUGCCGCUUUAAAUGGCGUGGCCUGAAAUGGCUGAACAUCACCCAUGAAUUUAAGCGGCAGCUGCUAUUUCAUGCAUGCUCUAUAUUGUUAAAUUGGCCAGAUAAUGGAAUGAAAUAAAUUGUUUUCUCACAGCUGUUCCCAGAAAUGAUUGCCUGACCAGACUGCUGUUCGCCCUCUGCUGUCUAUUUAUUAUUAUUAUUAUUAUUAUUACUUUAGCAGUAACACUGUAAAGAGAUAACUGUAUGCCUCCCCCUCCCAGUGGCAGCUAGCUAGUCAGUGGAUCACUUUUCAAAUUAUCCUCUAUUAAAAUUACAUUGAAAAAUCUAGUUUGGUUGUUUGCCUAUUGCUGAUUUUCUGGUCUCUUUGUAACAAAUUAUUGGGGUUAAAAAAGUCAGAUGUUCAGAUCAAGUGGUUCAUCAGAUUAACAGAUAUAUAACAGUAAUGUACUCAGAAUGAAGAAAAUGUACAUUUUUUAAUGUUGCUUUAAUUUUAAUCUGUUGCUUCUUGUACUAUAACCCCUGUGUCUCCCUUAUGAAGUCCUCGCAGAAGGAGUGUGAGUGUAGAUUACGGAAUUGUGGGUUGCAGUCAUGGAAAGCAGAGAUUGUAUAGGUCUUGGUGUGCAUGCUUUGCAUUUUCAUUCGCACAGUGUAUAGGAGCCCAUGGAUGAAUUCUAUUAUUGUUCCCAUUUUGGUGUUUAUGGUUGUUUAAACCCUGGGAAAUAAAAUGAUUCCAACACA